UCCGGGAAGAGAUGCAGCUCGCGCUGCCCUCUGCACCAGCCACAGCAUGGAUUGUCACUUCCCCAGCCUCCUCUUCCUCCUCCUGGGAUCUACGCUCGGCUGCUUGGCAGAUCUGAGUCUUUACCCAACCAACGAAGUUAAUCUGCUAGAUUCAAAAGCAAUUCAAGGAGAGCUGGGCUGGAUCUCCUAUCCACCACAUGGGUGGGAAGAAAUAAGUGGUGUUGAUGAGAACUAUACUCCAAUCAGAACUUACCAGGUCUGCAACGUCAUGGACCACAGUCAAAAUAAUUGGUUAAGGACAAAUUGGAUACCACGCAAUUCAGCUCAGAAAAUCUAUGUGGAACUCAAAUUUACUCUGAGGGAUUGUAACAGUAUCCCGUUGGUUCUGGGCACUUGUAAGGAAACUUUUAAUUUGUAUUAUAUGGAAUCUGAUGAUGACCAUUCUGUCAAGUUCAGAGAACACCAGUUUACAAAGAUUGAUACCAUUGCUGCUGAUGAGAGCUUCACUCAGAUGGAUCUUGGUGAUCGUAUUCUUAAGCUCAAUACAGAAGUUCGUGAAGUGGGACCUGUGAGCAGGAAAGGAUUUUAUUUGGCUUUUCAAGAUGUGGGUGCAUGUGUGGCCUUAGUAUCUGUGCGAGUGUACUUCAAAAAAUGCCCUUUUACUAUAAAGAACCUGGCCAUGUUUCCAGAUACAGUACCUAUGGAUUCCCAGUCACUGGUGGAAGUGCGAGGCUCUUGUGUUAAUCAUUCCAAAGAGGAAGAACCACCCAAGAUGUACUGCAGCACUGAAGGAGAAUGGCUAGUACCCAUAGGGAAGUGCUUAUGUAAUGCCGGCUAUGAAGAAAGAGGCUACGCCUGCCAAGCUUGCCGACCAGGUUUUUAUAAAGCCUUUGCUGGUAAUAUUAAAUGUGCCAAAUGUCCACCUCAUAGUUCAACAAAUGUGGAAGGUUCUACAAAUUGCAAGUGUGAGAAGAACUACUUUCGAUCUGAAGGAGAUGUUCCAUCAAUGGCUUGCACAAGACCCCCUUCUGCUCCCAGAAAUGUUAUUUCUAAUAUCAAUGAAACCUCAGUUAUCCUAGAUUGGAGCUGGCCUUUGGACACAGGGGGCAGAAAGGAUGUCACUUUCAACAUUGUAUGCAAGAAAUGUGGAGGAACCAGCAAGAUCUGUGAACCAUGUAGCAAUAUAGUAAGAUUUCUUCCUCGUCAGAUGGGACUCUCCAAUACGACUGUGACUGUAGUGGAUCUCUUGGCUCAUACAAAUUACACUUUUGAGAUAGAUGCUGUUAAUGGAGUAUCUGGUUUAAGUACCAUCCCAAGACAAUUUGCUGCAGUAAGCAUUACAACCAAUCAAGCAGCUCCAUCACCUAUUACAACAAUCAGAAAGGACCGGACCUCUAGAAACAGUGUCUCUCUGUCUUGGCAAGAACCUGAACACCCAAAUGGGAUCAUCUUGGAUUAUGAAGUCAAGUACUAUGAAAAGCAGGAACAAGAGACAAGCUACACCAUUCUGAGAGCAAAAACUAUGAAUGUUACUAUUAAUGGCCUUAAGCCAGACACCACUUAUGUUUUCCAAAUCAGAGCCCGAACUGCUGCAGGAUAUGGCACCAACAGCCGCAAAUUUGAGUUUGAAACCAGUCCAGACUCUUUCUCCAUCUCCAGUGAGAAUAGCCAGGUUGUAAUGAUUGCUGUUUCAGCUGCCGUAGCAAUUAUUCUGCUCACAAUUGUGGUUUACAUUUUGAUUGGAAGAUUCUGCGGACAUAAUAAAUCAAAACAUGGCUCUGAUGAGAAGAGGCUGUAUUUUGGUAAUGGCCAUUUGAAGCUUCCUGGACUCAGGACAUAUGUGGAUCCACAUACGUAUGAAGAUCCCAAUCUGGCUGUUCAUGAAUUUGCCAGAGAACUGGAGGCUUCCAGCAUAGCCAUUGAUAAAGUCGUUGGGGCAGGUGAGUUUGGAGAAGUAUGUAGUGGUCGCCUAAAACUUCCUUCCAAAAAGGAAAUAUCAGUUGCCAUUAAAACCCUGAAGGUUGGUUACACAGAGAAACAGAGAAGAGAUUUCCUUGGAGAAGCAAGCAUCAUGGGACAAUUUGAUCAUCCCAAUAUAAUCCGGUUAGAAGGUGUGGUCACCAAAAGUAAACCAGUCAUGAUUAUUACUGAAUAUAUGGAAAAUGGUUCUUUAGAUAGUUUUCUCAGGAAACAUGAUGCUCAAUUCACAGUCAUUCAGCUGGUGGGAAUGCUUCGAGGAAUUGCAUCUGGCAUGAAGUAUCUGUCAGAUAUGGGUUAUGUCCAUCGUGACCUUGCUGCCCGCAACAUACUCAUCAACAGUAACUUAGUAUGCAAAGUGUCUGAUUUUGGCCUUUCCCGCAUAUUGGAAGAUGAUCCAGAAGCUGCCUAUACAACAAGGGGAGGCAAGAUUCCAAUUCGUUGGACAUCUCCAGAAGCUAUUGCUUAUCGCAAAUUUACAUCAGCCAGUGACGCAUGGAGCUAUGGUAUUGUUCUUUGGGAAGUAAUGUCCUAUGGAGAGAGGCCCUAUUGGGAGAUGUCUAAUCAAGAUGUAAUUAAAGCAGUGGAGGAAGGAUACCGUUUGCCACCACCCAUGGACUGCCCAGCUGCCUUGUAUCAGAUGAUGCUGGACUGUUGGCAAAAAGACAGAAACAACAGACCAAAGUUUGAGCAGAUUGUCAGCAUCUUGGACAAGCUGAUCCGUAAUCCCAGCAGUUUAAAAAUCAUUACCAAUGCAGCUGCAAGGCCAUCAAACCUCCUACUGGACCAAAGUAGCAUUGAAAUCUCACCCUUCCGCUCAACAGGUGAUUGGCUCAAUGGUAUUCGAAUAGGGCAAUGCAAAGACAUAUUCACAGGAGUGGAAUACAGUUCAUGUGAUACAAUAGCCAAUAUUUCUUCAGAUGACAUGAAGAAAAUUGGAGUGACAAUUGUUGGACCACAGAAAAAACUUAUUAGCAGUAUUAAAUCUCUGGAAAUGCAUACAAAGAAUGGCCCUGUUCCUGUUUAAAUUACCAAAUGCUAGCAUUCAGGACUCAUCUGGAGAAACUGAGAAAAAUUACUAAAAGAUCCUGGUAAUGUGUGGAAAAUUGUGAGACUUAAAAGGCACUGUUGCAACAAAAUGGGGCAAUUUGCAACAAACGUGAAAUUUCAAGCCCAUUAAAAGACUCAUAAAGAGUUCAAUUGCCUUAAAAUAGGAAUGAAAAACUUAUUUUAUAUCUCUUAUUCUUGAAGGAGGGGUUCUUCCCUAAGUAAUAAUGGACUGCUCAAACAUAAAAUGCAUUUGGAAGAAAAAAGAAAGUUUAAAAAAUCCAUGUAACCUUAAGCCAUUCAAAUGUUAAUAGACUGAAUAUCGUAAAAGGCAAAAGAAACAGUGGAUGUAAUACUGUGACUGGAAUGACUGUCAACAGCAUUAAACAGGUUUUUUUUAAAAUAUAAGGAAAGGAUAGGCACGUAGCAUUUUAUUUCUUUAAAUCUUGUAAGCAUAUUCGAGGAUAAUACCUCAGACUUGUCUAGCCAUAUCUGCAAUGAUAUCCUUGCAAUAUUAUGUUUUUGACUGUGGAUGGUAAAUCUGAAUGACAAUUGGGUGAAAAUGAAGGCAAUACUUCACAGAUACUUGUCCUGGGUGUGUUCUUUAAAAACAAAACUUUUUAUAUAUAUAAAUGCAUAUUUAUUUCCUUUAAAAAUGUUCCUCUUGUUUAUAUUUAUAUAGGUUUUGACUGGGAUUAAUGACUGCCAAAUGCCAAAUUUCUUUAAACUUUGGCUGUCAACAAUAUUUAAGGGGGAGAAAAAAAAAUCAAUAAAACCCAUGUGAUUUUAUUCCUAAUAAAAAUAUCACUACAAAGGAGCUGAUGUGCAUACAAGAAUGCUCAUAGACAUACAAUACUUCCUAUACAAAUAUGGAGAAUUUCAUGCACAACAUUUUUAACACAGAACAAUCCAUGUAACAAUCUUAUUUCACAUGGGGAAUAUUCUUGGGGAACUAUUUAAUUGCAUGUACUUAAACGUUACAGUAUUCAGAUAGUUUUGGAGUGUAUCAAAUGUUUAACUAUUUAAUGGGUUACUUGAUAGUUGAAUUCUUUGGUUAUGUUGCCCUAGGAUUAAAAUAAAGAUACUCUUAGGUGCUCCCAGAUGAGGAUUUUCUUGUGUACAAAGGGUCCAAACAACAUUGUCUUC